GGAAAUUCCAAAAUCCAAAAUGUCUGCCGAAAAAUUAGUGCGUGAUAUAGGCGAUGUUUAUGGCAAGUUGUUUAACCAUCACGGGCCUAUUCAAAGAGAAGUGAACUUCUACGUUCAAGAAUUUGAGACGAAGCGUAAAGAUAGAGAGCUUUCGCGCCUAAAUCAGGCCAGUGUUAACUGUGGUCAUAUCGAAACUUUACUGCCAGAAGUCGAUGAUUUGGCGAAGGAACAUGUUCAAACGGUGUUGGACAGAGCCGAGAAUGCGAUAACGAAAGCAAACGCGAUCCUGGAAAAUAAGCUGCCGGAAGAGAACGCGGAGAAAGUGGAAGAGAGGAGGGCGAGAAUGGAUAACGAGUGGAAAACAUUGAGGAAAAAAUUAACUUUUCCCGAGAUCAGGCUGAACUUUGCCAUAUUGAAAGGAUGGAACAGCUUAAAGAAGAUAUCAACGUUUACAAGAGGAUACAAAAGGAAAAUAGUUUAAUCUUUGAGAUUACUAUGUAUAUUUAAUAUGAAAUUAAUAUUAGUGUAUUGAUGAAUAAAUUAAAAUGAAAUAUUGGAUGAAUUGUCGCCAGCCGCGUGGUUAAGAAAGUACAAACAUUUUGUACAAGCGGUGUGCAUUUUAGUCUUGGGAAAUUUGUGGAAAGAUUGCAUUUUUUUAUAAAACCGUGAAGGUAUUUGCAGCAGACUGCAGUUUUUGUUUGGAAUUUGAAAAUUUGAUAUUUCAAGUGGAAACAAAAGU